GUCAGUAGACAUUGAACGGUCUUACAAAACGGGUAUAUGUGUGUUAUCGGUAACACGCGAUAUGUAAUUAAUACCAAGGAUUGAUAAAUAAGAAAAUUGAUUCCUUGUUUGUCUGGUGUGACUUUGAUUGGGAAUGAUACUAUUACGGUCGUUUUCAGAUGAGUGAUAAUUCCUUGUGUAAGUGUAACUGAUGCUCUCUCCGCUCAGUCUUAGACAAAUGUUCGAUAAAUGCGUAUCGAUUGAAUGAAUUGUGAACAAAAAAUCUUAUUUUACAAUUGAUUCAAAGUUAAGUGAAAAUUUUUAACAAGAAAAAUUGUGCAAAUUGUGACUUUUUUUUUAAACAUGAAUGAAAGAACAAAAGUGUUCGGACUGACAGUUUUUGUUUUCGUGAAGUGUUAAACCAACAAAAAACGAAAAUUUAAUUUUAAAAAAAUUAUAUAAAAACGAAAAUCACCAAAUCUGAUCUAUACGUUUACAUGGUACUCAAACAAAACUCAAAAUAGCUCCGAACAAUUUCAAUCUGGCGGUGGUGCGACCAUCAAUGGCCGUUGGGCCAACGGGGGGAACUAGUUCCCCGACAUCAGCUCAUCCAAUUUUAGCGCCUAGUCCUUUGUUCGCUUUGCCAACAUUAAAUUUUUCCGCUACACAAGUAGCUACGGUUUGUGAAACAUUAGAAGAAUCUGGUGAUAUAGAACGUCUGGCUAGGUUCCUAUGGAGUUUACCGGUCGCUCAUCCAAAUAUUAGGGAAUUGGAAAAUUCAGAAGCCGUACUGCGGGCUAGGGCAAUUGUUGCAUAUCACACAGGACAUUUUAGAGAACUCUACGCAAUAUUAGAACGACACAAAUUUACGAAACAUUCGCACGGAAAAUUGCAAGCAAUGUGGUUAGAGGCUCACUAUCACGAAGCGGAAAAAUUACGCGGUCGACCAUUAGAAUUGUCUCGAUCGGUUCCAGGUCCAGUGGACAAAUAUCGUGUACGGAAAAAAUUUCCAUUACCGCGCACAAUAUGGGAUGGUGAACAGAAGACACAUUGCUUCAAAGAACGCACAAGAAGUUUAUUACGUGAAUGGUAUCUACAAGAUCCAUAUCCAAAUCCAACCAAAAAACGAGAACUAGCACAAGCGACUGGACUGACGCCGACGCAAGUGGGAAAUUGGUUCAAAAAUCGACGACAAAGAGAUCGAGCCGCUGCUGCAAAAAAUAGAAUGCAACAACCGCCACUAUCUGGUUCCGGUUCAACAUGCUUGCAAUCACGUCGCCAAGAUAUGAGUUCCCCGACGCCAUCUGAUGAUUCUGACUCUGAUAUAUCGCUAGGAACACAUUCUCCCGUUCCAAGUAGCCUAUCGCUUCAACACAGUCCUGGCUCAACAUCUGGCGGUGGUAAUGACAGAGACGAUCGUCUGCAAGAAGAUCGGGAUAAGGAUUACAGAAGCUUCUCGUUAAGUUCGUUUCGAUUCGAUACACACUCACCGGGAAUGGCUGGAGCAUUCGCCAGUCGCUUCUUGCCAACGUUGCCUUAUCGCUUGGGCGAAAAUUCACCACCCAUCAGUACACAUUCACCACCAAUUGGCAUUACGAAUUUUCCUGUGACUCCAACCGUGUUACGGCCCCAACCACAAAUGCCACCCACACUAAACGGCACCACGGGUAAUCCAUUAACGACCACUGUUCCUUUAUCACCGCUACGGAUUCGCGUCAGUUCACCAACUCGAAUAAACUCCGAUUUAACAACGCAUGGCCUAACUCAUACCCUCAAUUCGGGCAUCAUUCGGAUAGCGGCACCGACCAAUCCGCCAAUGUUGCAUCGACCGUUCUCUCCGUCACCACAGCCCAAAGACACGAUAUCGUGAUAUGGGGAUGAGGAUAAGGAAGCGUAUUUUCGGAAAGUGUUAGUCUUUAUUCAGAACAUUGACAAAAAGUGUUGAUUGUUUGUGUUUGUCGCAUAUUUCGGUAAAUUUGUAGUUGGAUGCAAUUUUUAAAGUUGUGAUUAUAUUGCGCGUUUCC